AAUAUUCUCAAAAUCUCUCUUCACUGGGAAGCACUUAACUUCCUCUUCACAUCUCACAUAACUCUGACACAAGAUAUACAUACACACACAUUAUAUAUAUAAUUGGAAGAAUAAGCGCAAACAUUCAACUGGGUUUCUCUCACAUUCUUUCUUCCACCAUCUCAUUCAGAUUAUUCUCUAUUACCAGAAUGGCCCGUAAAAGAUUAGGCCAAUGGUUAACUCUUCUAGUAUGUUUACUGAUAUUGCUGAAAGCAGAAAGCCACCCUGUGGGAAUCACUCUCGUUGAAAAUGCAGUCGCUAAAGGAGCUGUGUGUUUGGAUGGGAGCGCACCCGCUUACCACUUUGACAAGGGAUUUGGUGCCGGAAUCAACAAUUGGUUGGUUCACAUCGAGGGUGGAGGAUGGUGUAACAGCGUUGCAACUUGCCUUGAUCGCAAGAAUAAUUACCGCGGUUCAUCAACCAAAAUGGAAAAGACAAUGUCUUUUUCCGGGGUUCUUGGUAACAAGCAACAGACUAAUCCAGACUUCUACAAUUGGAAUAGAAUCAAAGUUAGGUACUGUGAUGGCUCGUCAUUCACUGGUGAUGUUGAAGCGGUAGACCCAGCAACAAAUCUUCACUUCAGAGGAGCAAGGGUUUUCCGUGCCAUCAUUGAUGAUUUAUUGGCAAAAGGAAUGAAAAACGCUCAAACUGCUCUUCUAUCUGGUUGUUCGGCUGGCGGCUUGGCCUCGAUUCUUCAUUGUGAUAACUUUCAUUCUCUCCUACCUGUGGGUACUAAAGUAAAAUGUCUAGCAGAUGCUGGUUACUUCAUUAAUGCGAAGACUCUGUCUGGAUCACAAUACAUUCAAACCUUUUACAGUGAAGUGGUUGCGCUACAUGGUUCGGCGAAGAACCUACCUGCAUCCUGCACUUCAAGAAUGAGUCCAGGGCUGUGCUUCUUCCCAGAAAAUGUGGUACCCCAAACCCGGACACCAAUAUUUUUUGUCAAUGCAGCUUAUGAUUCGUGGCAGAUAAAGAACAUUUUGGCACCGGGUGUUGCUGAUCCUAAAGGUGCCUGGAAAAAUUGCAAGCUUAGUAUAAAGAACUGCUCACCCAGUCAACUUCAAACCAUGCAAGAAUAUAGGUUACAGUUCUUAAACGCAAUAGCUGGUGCGAGCAGUUCUUCAUCUAACGGACUGUUCAUCGACUCCUGCUACGCUCAUUGCCAAAUCGGAACACAGGAGACAUGGCUGGCAACUGAUUCUCCCAUGUUGAGUAAGACGACAAUUGCAAAGGCAGUUGGAGACUGGUAUUACGACCGCACUCCGUUUAAAAAUAUUGAUUGCCCUUACCCUUGCAAUCCCACUUGCAAAAACCGUGAAUUUGAUUCAAACGAUCAGCUAAAAGGAUCAGAGCUAGGAAGAAAUGAAGUCUAUAAAAAGUAUUCCAACAAAUCAUUGGUGUCUAAUUGGAUGUUCAAUGUGCAACUUGUGGAAAAUCAUGUGAAGAACGGCCUCACUCCAGGGAUUGUCAAAAUUUCCUCAGGUUGAACUCGGUUUAGUGCCACAUAUGUGUGGAAACUGGACGUCUAGUUUUCUGUAGAACUUUACCGAUCAUGAUUCUAAGAGCAUCUCCAACACCAUCACUUUCGAGUACUCAUUUAAGGACUUAAGGAGAAUAUUUAUGCCUAUAAGAGCAAGUUCGCCCCUAAAAACCCCUUGGGCAAUAGUCAAUCCAAGCCGCCCAAAUAAAUAGUAAUUGAUUGCUAUAUAUAGUAAUUGACUGCAAUAAAUAGUAAUUGCCCAAGUGCA